AUGCGUCAUCCAGUUGAUUCAGUGGCUUGGCAUACAAUAGAUCAUAAGUGGCCAGAUUUUGCAUCAGAUCCUAGAAAUCUCCGCCUUGGUCUUGCGACAGAUGGAUUCAAUCCUUUUGGUGACCUUAGUUCCAUAUAUAGUUGUUGGCCAGUUAUUUUGGUCAAUUAUAAUCUUCCUCCAUUGAUGUGCAUGACCAAGGAAAAUAUUAUGCUGACAUUACUGAUUCCAGGUCCAAAGCAACCGGGAAAUGAUAUAGAUGUAUACUUGAAACCCCUUGUGGAGGAUUUAAAGGAGUUGUGGGACAUAGGUGUGGAGGCAUAUGAUGCAUUUAGCAAGUCAAUAUUCAACCUGAAGGUUAUUUUGAUGUGGACAAUCAAUGAUUUUCCAGCUUACGAAAAUCUAGCUGGAUGUGCCACAAAAGGAAAAUUUGGUUGCCCAAUAUGUGGUGAAGACACAUGUUCUAUGUGGCUUAAAUAUAGUAGAAAGUUUGCAUACUUAGGCCACAGGAGAUUUCUUUCUCCUAAUCAUCCAUUUCGUCAGAAAAAAAAGUGGUUUAAUGGGGAAAAGGAGAGUAAAGGGAAACCUAGACUUUUGAAUGGGUUAGAAAUUAUCAAUGCAUUGAAAGAUAUUGAAAAUGACUGGGGUAAAAAGAAAAAGGGUGAGACUGUCAACACUUUGAGGAAAAAGAGGAAGAAACAGAGGAGUUCAAAAGAGGGCCUCUUAUUACGUCAUAACUUAGAUGUGAUGCAUGUUGAAAAGAAUGUUUGCGAGAAUAUCAUAGGCACAUUGUUAAACUUGAAGACAAAAUCCAAAGAUGGUGUGAAUGCUCGCAAAGAUUUGGUACACUUAAAAAUUAGACAAGAAUUACAUCCUCAAGAAAAAGGAGAAAAUAAAUAUCAUUUGCCCCCUGCACCGUACACAUUAUCUAGAAAGGAAAUGGAUGUGUUUUGCUCUAGGUUGAAGAAAAUAAAGUUACCCGAUGGAUAUAGUUCAAAUAUUGGUAACUGUGUUUCUGUAGAAGAGCGUAAUCUUAUUGGGCUGAAAUCUCAUGAUUGUCAUAUUCUAAUGCAACAAUUGCUAUCAGUAGCAUUGAGAAAUCUUCUACCGAAAGGUCCACGUAAUGCUAUAUUUAUGUUGGGUGCAUUUUACAAUGAAUUAUGUCAAAGAGUAUUAGACCGGAACCGUUUAGAACAACUCGAGGAGAAUAUUGCUGAAAUUCUAUGCAUGUUGGAAAGAUUUAUGAAAACACUAAAAGGGUAUGUGAAGAACCGGGCAAGACCAGAAGGAUGCAUAGCUGAGUGUUACCUCGCAGAAGAACGAAUGAUAUUUUGUAGUGCUUAUAUAAAAAAGGCUUAUAGUAUUGGUGUUCAUUCUAAUAGGAAUGAUGAUUUGGAAGAUGGAUUAUUAGAAGGUCGCCCAAUUUCUAAAGGAAAAGAAAAGAUUUUAGAGAACCACGUGUUGCAAGCUGCACAUCGAUAUAUAUUUUUCAAUAGUGCAGAAGUUGAACCUUACUUACAGAUGCACAUUGACGAGCUUAAACAAACAAAUCAUCGUUUCUCAAGUAAUGAAACAUUGUUACAAAAGAAACAUAUGGAAACAUUUGCCGAAUGGUUAUCAAAACAGGUUUCUGUUAACUCUUCAGGUCGAAUUCAAUGGCUAGCACAUGGUCCUAGAAAGCAUGUUACAUCUUAUACAGGAUAUAUUGUAAAUGGAUAUCGGUUCCACACAAUUGAUGUUGGAAGGUCGACACAAGAUAGUGGUGUUUCAAUUGAAGCUGAUACUAUUUAUCAAUCUAAUGCUAAUGACAAUUCACAUAUAGUAGGAAGAUUAUCAUACUAUGGAGUUAUUCGAGAUAUUAUUUUGCUAGAUUACUAUUCUUUUAAAGUGCCUGUUUUUAGAUGUGAUUGGGCCAAUCCUGGAACUGGUAUCAAAAUUGAAGAUGGUUUUACACUGGUCAACUUACAUCAAGGACUAAAAACUUUUGAAACGCCGCCUCGAGGUAUUCAUAACAUGAACUUGCUUGAAGAAGAUGCUUAUACGUCAUCAACACCUCUUGAUGUAUCCCAACUUGAGAUUAACAUUACUGAGAAAGAACCAUACUCAAGGAAUGAGUGUGAUGGAAUUGAUGUGAUUGAGACAUGA